ACUAAAAUAUCUGUUGAUAUACCCGUAGCACGAUUUAAGAUCGUAUAUUAUGUAGUUAGUAUACUGUCAUAAACUUGUAAGCUCGUAGGAUGACGUAGUAAAAAUCAAUGAAAUGGAUGAUUGGUUCUUUAUUAAUUGCUGUUAAUUAUUGAAUUUCUUAAGAACUGUUGUAUACAAGUUUAACUUGCUCUGUGGUUGUGCUCUAGAAAAGACCACCUUGAGAAGAACGAAUUGCGUCUAUCGCGUGGAUUCGCAAACUAUCUUUUUUUAGACCGUAUUGGCUGCAUGUCAACGUCCAAUUGGUUUUUUUUUUACCUUUCUCUGUUAGUUCGGGGUUUUCUUCCACAAUUUGUAGCAUUGACAAAACCAACAUUUAAGGUGACUAAAAAUGACCGAUUUUGAAUAUUCAAAUUUGAGCAGCGAUGAUGAAGAAGAAGUUCUAUGUGUUUUUCCAAAAAAGAAGCGGUAUCGCCAAAUUACCGCUGGAAAAGUAUCUAAAGAACUUAGACUCCACUAUUCAAACUUAUUCAUUGAUUCAUUCAAUCUAAUUGACUUGUUCAUCAAAUCAAAAGUACUCACGUAUAAUUCGUUUUUAAAUAUUUUCAGUUCUACCCACUUUCACCAAAUUUAUGCUAAGCCCAAGAAAAAAGAGACGCAAGUGUAUGUAUCUCCACACCAUUACAUAACAAUUGCGGAAGAUUCUCUUGCAGUGGCAUCCAAGUUUUUACGAUCUAAUUCACGAGAAGCCCGAAUUGGUGCUGUUUAUUUAGUGUACACAUUGUAUAAAACUCAGCCUUUGAAAUCAUACUUGAUAAAUGUUAAAUUAACCCCUGAAGACUAUUUAAACACUAAGCAUUUGGUUGACACGUAUCUUAAUGAAGGUCUACCUCAUCCAGCUUAUUGUUUUUAUGAUUUAGAUAUUAAAAAAAAAAUAAAAAUUACAGUAAAUGCGAUAAACCCUUGUUUGGAAGCCAAUUAUCCAAGGAUUGAAAUCCGUAAACAUUUGGGCCGUACUGCUGACAAGUAUUUUACAAAUGAAUAUAAAGAACGUACAAGCUAUACCUUUUUUAACAAAUCUCUAAUGAUGGAACAUCAAAUGCGCAAUGAAUCAACAUACUUAAAUAAAUUGAGUAAUUUGUGUUUAGGAGAAAAUAGUGUCCCAGAAUAUGAAGCAAAUUUAACAAAAACAUUAGAAGAGAUAAAUAAUGCUAAAAAAAAUUUGAAUGCUAAAACUCAUCAAAUUAAAGAUGAUGAGAAACAGAAUUUGAAACAAUUACGUUAUAAAAAUAAAAAAACUAUAGCGUUUCCAGGUAAAAAUGAAGGCAUUCUGGAGGAUAUGGUUGUAAUGUCAAAAACAACAAACUCCAAUGAAUCAGCUUCACUUUACUGUCAUCCAAGAAAGAAACUUAAAUUAUUAAAAAAGAGUAAAAGGAGGAAAAUAAGUAGCAAAAAUGAAGUAACAUGUGUUAAAGAAGAACCAGAAACUUUACAAUUUUUACCGAAACUAAGUGCAGCUAUAGAUUCCGAUUCAUCCAUAUCUAGUAUGGACAGUGAUGAUUAUGAAAAUAAUGAAGAUAAAUAUGGUGACAUUAUUUGGCGUAUGCUUGAAGGACAAGAUAACAGUGUUCAGUAAAAUAAGUUUGAUAAUGUAUGUUUAGUUUUGUUCAAUGGCGCACGCAGGGGGGGGGGGGUUAAAGGGUUGUAAUCACACCGAAAUUUUCUCCGAUGUCUAGGUUAAAAUUCACA